AUGACGCGCUUCACUUUCGCCACCGCGGCGACCCUGCUCGCCUUUGCGCAGCUCAGCCUCGCGCAGGACCCGCGCGCCGAGACCGACCUCGACCGCAACAGGCCCACCAAGACCUGGACCCAGUGGCAGCCCAAGGCCACCUACGCCAUCAACGAGCUCCCCGACCAGUACAUGGGAGCCAACCGCAUCGAGUCCGGAGAAGGCGGCCAGCCCGGCGGCGAGCCCCAGAGCGGCUACAACACCUGCGCAAAGGACACCUGGUCCCAGGACUCGCGCUGCCAGACCGCCUGGAUCAACUCCCUCGAAGACUUCUGCAUCUGGGGACCCGCCGAAUACGGCACCGUCGGCGAAAAGGAGCGCUCCGGCGUCGCCUACUGCACCACCGACAAACACGGCACCCGCCUCAUCCCCGACGGCACCAUCACCGGCGCCCACUUCGUCCGCACCAAGGACUACGUCCAGGUCACCGGCGUCGGCGACUUUACCUCCAUCAACAUCCCCGCCGGCGACGACGGCGGAGAAUUCGACCCUCACGGCGCCGAUGACCUCGGAAACCCCAUCGGCGGCAUCCUCUACACAACCGCCAACCCGGCAACAGGAGGAGAGGCGUGGCACGCGAGCGAGUGGACAAACUUCGCAUCAAGCACCAUGUAUUGUAUUCGGGCUUGUUGGGGUGAGAACGCCGCCAAGCAGUGCGAGCAUAUCUACGACGUUAUGGGAUGUCGAUGGAAUAUUCCCGCCAACUACGACGCGGGCGUUUUCGAGUCCUGCGAAGGUGAUAUCGGCCAGCUUGCCGGCAUUUACGGCAGCUCGACGUUCCGACAGGGCGACGCAAGCACUCCCCCGGCUCACCCUGCGCCGUCGUCUUCGCAGUGCAAGACGGUGCCGACGAUUUCUCACGGUCUCCCGGCGCGUAGCCUCGGCCUGGCGGCGCCUUCCUCGUCGACCUCCGCCGCCUCCAGCAGCACUGGUUCGGCUGCCCCGUCGUCGGGAUCGUCCUCUUCGGCUGCUGCCUCCGGUCUCUCCUCCAGGUCCAACAACGCUGCUGAGGCCGCCGCUACCGGUAGCGGCAACGCUGCUUCGGCCGGGCAGAACACCGCGGCCCAGGGCACCAGCGGCGCGUCGGCGCUCGCCCUUCCCCUCGUUUCCUCCGCCCUCGUCGGCGUUGCUGCUCUCGCUCUCUUCCUCUAG